AUGUAAAUUGUCUUUGAAUGACAUGAUUAUUUAUUUAUUUGUUUAUUGAUAACCGAUUGUAAUUUAAAAUGUUACAAUAGCACCGCUGUAAACCAUUUUUCAUCCAAUUUGUCCGUUGUAUUUCCGUAUAGGUGGCCAAUAAAAUAUACGCAGUGUCGACAAUUUCACGUAUCAUUGAAGAUGAUCCGGUCUAAUCGUCUUAAUUAAUUAUACAAUUCAGUUUGUGGGUAACCUUGCCUACGCAAGAUCAGCCAUGGCUGUAGUUAAAACACCAGUUCUUAAAGUAAUAUUAUGUGGCGAAUACGGUGUUGGGAAGAGUUCUAUAUUUCGACGAUUUAUCAAUGACACCUUUGUUCCUAUCGCAGACAGGAGAGCUACUUUGGGACUCGAUCAUUUUGAAAAAGUGUAUCAGGUUGGAGACAAAGAAAUCAAGUUACAGUUAUGGGAUACUGGAGGCAUGGAGAGAAUUGCAUCUGUUACGUCCAGCUACUACAAAUUUGCGGAAGCUGCCAUCUUAGUGUUUUCCCUGGAUAAUUCUUCAUCAUUCCAUGUACUGAGUCAGCACUUGCUGGAUAUUGUGACAUAUGCUGAAAACGCCAAAAUAUUUUUGUGCGGGAACAAGUCUGACCUUGAAGGAACAUCUCCACAGGUUACUGAUGCUGACAUAGAAACAUUCUGUGAACAAUGUCACAAUCUCAUAAACACCACAUACAAGACAUCAUGUAAGAAUGGAAAAGGCAUUGAAGAAAUGUUCUCUGACAUCGCUUUACAACUGGUGGAAUCAAACAGAUCGAGGAUUGAGUUGCAGACCUUAGAUCAUGAUAGCUUUAAGAUAUCAAACCCCGAGCCGCCUGAAGAUCCCAGCUGCAGUUGCUGAACAUGCUUUUAAGCUUAAGCAUUUGCUUACCACUUAAGUACCUACUUAUUAUUCCCAGUUGUUUUCAAAUCUACAAAAUCACCUUAAUUACUUUUUCUUUGUGAAUUGACAGAUUGUAAUUUAUGAAUGUUUUUAUCCUGUAUAAUAUUUAGGUUCAUUAUAUUAUGAUGAUUGUUUUUUAAAACCUAUAUAAUAAUUAGGGUUGCCUACUGAAAUUGGGCAUGGCAAUGCAUUUUUUAAAUACUGGUAUUAGUACCUUUAGUAAAAUAAGUUAGCUUUGCCACUAACUAAGGAAUAAUUAUAUGUAUCUAGUUAUUUGCUCUAAAUGUUCAUAUGUCUGAUAUAGGGUUGACACUGUUUUUAAACUUUGGUAUUUCCUUGUGUAACUUACACUGAUACUUAUAUUACUACUAAAAUAUAUAUAUAUUUUAUAUGUCUUCUAGGUUUUACAAAAGAAGCUUUAAUUUCAUGUCCAUGAAGUGUUUAGUUAGUUUUGUUUAAUAUAGUAGGUUUUAACUUUAAAGGAAUAAUUUUUACAAUGACAGUUGGUUCAAGUGCCCCCUUGCUCCAACUGGGCCAUUUUAUUUAAAGUUGUCCCCUACACUUUUUUUUCAAUAUUGGGAUUUUUUAUGUUAUUUAAAUAAAAUGGCCCAACUGCGCCUAUUUUAAGUUCCACCAUGAACGCAUUCUGAUCCUUAUUUACGCCAUAGGUAUCUAUUAUCCUUAUUUAGGCCAUAUUUACCGAUGUAAACUUGGUGUAAGAUUAUGAUGAUGAAGCACGACUAUAUACAGUGAAUUACCAUGUACGGACAGAAAAAGAAUAUUGUUGUAGGUUUGCUGUAUUACUAGUAUUACUACAGACAACCCAAUUCUUACGUUAUUUAAUGUUGAUGGCUUGAACUUAAAUCAUAUCGUUCUUUAGAGUUUGUUCACUCAUAUGCCUACUUAUAUUAAGAUGGUAAGAAGCAUUUAUUAUGCAGAACAUGCCUUGUGUCCAUACCACUCAUGCCAGUGACCACUCUUACUAGAGUUAGACUAAGAAAAGUCUGCAGCGAUUUUGAUAGCCCACGCAGUCCAGAUGUUAUUUAUACGUCAUAAUUUCAUAGAAGUUUGACGUUUAAAAUAACAGUGACACUGCAUAGUAGGCCAUCAAAAUCGCUGCAGACUUUUCUUGGUCUAACUCUAUCAACUUUCAAAUGAUUAUACCUAUUUAUAAAUGAUAAAGCGUGAGGGGCAUAGCUUAUCAAAGUUCUAGAUAUUUCGUUAUGUUAAUGGUGCUAAAUACCUACAAUUUUUUUGUGUAAUCGUUACAUGCUGUUUGUAAACUUUAAGCCCUCAAUGUUUGUAAUGCGUGUGUUGUAAUGUAAUGUCUAAUUAAGUCUGAAUCUGAAGUAAGGCGUAACAUUUAUUUUAUUUUUGUAUGCAGCAUCGUUUAAUUAUUAUCAACACGAUAAAUAUAUUGGCUAACAUUGUAAGAAAUAAAAAAAUGCUAACUUUAAAA